UUGCAGAUGGAUCCAGAAAAUCUCGAGAUACUAACAAACAUGGGUUUACUGUAUGCAAGAAUUCAAAAUGACACUCAGGCAUUCUCUGUCCUGGGCAAGGCAUUGAGCUACGAUCCAACGCAUCCGCAGAAUAUUUUGGCCGCCGGUUCAAUUAUUCAAACUCAUGGUGAGCACGACGUGGCGUUGACGAAGUACAGAGUAGCUGCGGAAAAGUGCGAUUAUAAUGGACCGCUGUGGAACAACAUUGGGAUGUGUUUCUUCGGGAAACGCAAAUACGUGGCAGCAAUAAGCUGUCUGAAAAAGGCCAACUACCUAUGUCCAUUGGAAUGGAAGAUAUGCUACAAUCUGGGCCUGGUACACAAUGCCAUGCAACAGCACGCUUCCGCAUAUCAUUUCUUAUCCUCAGCGAUUAAUCUGAAUACACGCUCUGCAAUCGCUUACAUGGCACUGGCAGGCUCGAAAAACGAACGAAAUGUGUUUUCAGUGGUUCUCACAUAUCUGGAUGAUGCGCUGAACGCGGGCAAAGCGUACGACAGAGCCGUACAACUGGACAAGAACAACAGCGCUCAGAUCCGCCUAAAUUACGCCAUUUUCAAAGCAAAACAAAAGGACUAUAGCAAGGCGGCAGAAUCGUUGCGCAGUUUUUAUGACGCGAUAGCGAAAGAGUCAGCACCUUCACAGGAGAUUUUGUCGGCUGCAGAAAAUCUGAAAAUGCAUAUUGCUGAGUCGAUUCAGCAGCAUGACCAACAACAGUAA